UUGACCACAACUGUUUUCCAGUAGGAGGCAAACACAGCUGCUGUUGUUUUCUAGUGUAGCCUGAAUUCUUUCUGUUAGGCAGUGGGGAUUUCGACAUAACUGCCGUCCAUUUUUUAUUUGGUUAAGAUUUACAUAUUGCAGCUGUAGCGUUGCCAAAUGGAGGGAGAUGAUUCUGAGUUUCCUCCAGAGUCAUCGGAGCAUUCUCAUUCUCAGAGAGGGAGUGUGGCUUCCUCCGUCACCCGAGCCCAAGAUGUGCUUGUCUAUUUGGUGACUGAUAGUGCUGUGCACUUAUGCGUGGAGGGUGUUGGCUGUGUGAACGUGCAGGAAAUGGGGCGUAGUGUCCGAGAAGCCCUCAACAUCCCAGAUUCUGCCCAAGACGCCUUUGCCUUCUGGCUCUGCUCGCCUCUGCUGGAGUUACAGCUGAAACCAAAGCAUCAGCCUUAUAAACUGUGCCGGCAGUGGCAGGACCUGCUUUAUCGCUUCACGGAGGCUUCAGAUGACGACAUUGCUCAAGAUGAGCCUUGUCUGCAAUACAGGAGAAAUGUUUUCUACCCCAAGUCAAAAGAACUUCAGAUCAAGGACGAGGGGGUGUUGAGGCUCCUCUAUGAUGAGGCUCGCAUGAACAUCCUGGAGGGACGGUACCCAUGUGACCCUGAGCACUGGUUAUCAUUAGGAGCAUUGACCUGUGCCAUAGAGCUCGGCACUGGCCUCGAAGAGCAGAAGGUCAUCACAGCCAUCAGGGAGAAGAAGCUGUCGUCUUUCCUGCCCGGCCAUCUGCUGAUGGGUGGGGGUUUUCUGUCGACCCUGCGGGGAAAGGGGAGUCGUCAGGCCGAGCUGGAGCAGAGUCUCCUGAAGGAGUACCACUCCCUGGGCCCCAACCAGGACCCUACUCACCACCUGAGACAGUACCUCAGUACCUGCCACACACUGCCUUACUACGGUUGCGCGUUCUUCUCAGCGGAGAUCGAUAAGCCGGCCCAGGGAAUCCUGCACAGAGGAGGACGCAAAGCUGUCACCGUGGGCAUCAGCCUGGAGGGUGUUUAUGUCAUGGAUGUCAAAGAGAAGCAUGUGCUGCUGGGCCUGCGCUUUAAUGAGCUGUCCUGGGACCACAGCUACCCCGAGGGGGAGGGAGACUCGCACAUCCUCUGGCUGGAGUUUGAUGGGGAGGAGGCAGGGACUCCUGUCAACAAACUACUGAAGAUCUACUCUAAACAGGCGGAGCUGAUGAGCGGCCUGAUCGAGUUCUGCGUGGAGCUGCGCUCGGCCGGCGAGGCGGCGGCGACGGGCACGGACGGCGAGGUGGCCCCCCUCCAGACGCCCCCGGCGGGCCAGACGGGCACCGCGGAGCGGCCGCGGGGGAACCGGCGAGGGAAGCUGCGGCGGCAGAGCAGCGUGGUGUGCAGCCGCGUGCACUCGCUCAACACCAUCAGCUACGUGGACGACGGUAAAGAGAUUAAGCGCCUCAAACCAAAAAGGGCUGCGUCCUUCUUCACGCGGCAGGCCCCACCUCAGGACUAUGCGGCGGUGCAGGUGGCGGAGAGUUUGGAGCAGGGUUGAACCCCCAGGUGCCCACGCUACUGCCACCACCGACCAAAACAACUGCUGCACGUCGACACCCAGGGGAGAGGACUAAGUUGGAGGGACUAAUUUAAACUGGACCAAGUUUGUUUUUUGUUUUGUGUUUUUUUUUUCUUAAUGGAGAAAAAAGUGGAAUACGGUAGGUUCAAAUAUUAACUCCUCGUGGUAGGUCAAAAACCACUUCCCUGAAAGGGAACCUUGUAUAAAGUAACCAUGCCUUAUCUAGGUCAGUGAAGCAGGAACAGCCGUAUGUCAAGGAGAAAAACAGUAAGCAUUAUAAUUUGAACCUAAUUGGAAAGACAUCAUGGUUAAGAUGUCAGAUUAAAUGUUCAUGGUCACUUUCAUGGCCACAACAAAUGCUUAGCUCAUAAGGUACCGUAUUCAGUAGUUUGUGGUCUGAAGCAAUUUGUUAGAACUUUUUCUGUAAACAUUUCAUUCUUCCUUAAAUAUGUUAAGAUAGUCUUCAAAAGAAACAACAAUGACCUUGAUGGCUGUUCACUGUGAAUGUAGUUUCCCAUUUAGCCGAAUUAUGCAACAUUUACAAACAGGGAAGUCCAACUGUGUGAUCUGUGUACGUGACCUCUUUGAACCCCCCUCUGCACCAAAGUUAACUGUGCCUCAUGUUCGCGGCUGCUUCCUAACCCUCACACUCGAAUCAGGUGACUCUGGACAUAAAAAUCAGGACAAGGACCUUUCUUACAUCCUUACAGAAAACAAAAAAAGACUGGAGUAGUCCACAUUGAAUCUAGCCUGAACUAAAUCAAGGCUCAAAUACUUCAGCCUGUCUCUGGCUGUGAUAUAUUUUGGUAUGUAUCAUGGCCUUUGAAAACAAAAACCUGUCAAAUGUACUGUAUUCCUUCCUGCUUAGGUGAACUCACAGUGCACAGAACACAGUCAAUGCUGUUGCAAACUGGUGGAUACAAUCUUUAUACACUGUUUAUCUUUCCUUUACAUUCUAGAAAUAUAUGGAUUGUCAGAAUGCCACACUAUCAUUUGCCUUUAUCUAUGCAUGACAUCCGGCUGAAGCAAAAGGAACUGUAGACAGUUAAUGAGUUAGCAUGUAUAUACACAUAUAGCAUCUUCACCCCAUCGCCAUCACCCCUUCAUCCUCACUCUUCAGACCAGGCUUGGGAAGAAUGCAUAAAGGAGUGGGGCACAUUGCACUCUGUGGUACCUCUGAACACUGUAUCAUAUCAUAUCUGCAAAACAACAAUCAUGUUGGGCCUUGGCCAUUCCUGCAUGUGCCAACAUUUGAAUGAGAUUUGUGGAACCACAUUGCUUUACAAAUACGCUUUUUGGAUAAACGUCAAGUUUAAAGUGCCUUUUGUGUUUUUAACUAACUGCAGCUGAUACCAUGAAUUUCAGAUUAACCGUAAAACUGUUUUGUGUUUGUGCAUUGUAAUACAUUAUCCCUUUACGGUUUCCAUUCAUUCAUAUUCUAGUUUUAUAUUACAAACACUUUUGACUUAAUAGAAUUCAAUAAACAAUGUAAUGUGCACUACCGAAGUUCAGUGACUGUAGGUUUGUAUAAAAAAAAAAGAAAUUGAUAUGCAGCAUUCAUUUUUUAUUCCUGCUUUGUACUAACAGUCUCACACUUCAAUUAUUAACCAACAAUAAUGUAUACUAUAGAUUUUUUUAUUCUAAAUGUUUUAUUUAAAAAAAUGUUGUCCAUGUGGUUCUGAUGUAUUGAACAUAAAUAAAAAAUCAUUUACGGCA